UGGCAGCACUAAACUUUGCACGCUCGCAAGUCAUCUGGGUGUUAGCCUACGUUUGGGGUCGCUGGUGGUGCGGCCAAGACGUAAGGAGCAUCUGAAAUUUGAUCAGAAAUGUCAGCGUGUCAGGAAAAUGUUUGCGUUGAGCCUUCUGCAGUGAAUGUUAAGAACCUCUCGGUGCCAAUGAUGUUACUGAUUUAUUUGUCUCUAAUACAAGGGGUGGGAAAAGCAACCAGGGGCUGACCGCAGGUGUUUCAGGACGCACAGGGCUGGUUGUCGGUGCGUUGUGCCUGACGUCCGAGCGGCCAGGCUGGGUGUAAGGAUGGGGGCAAACCAGUGACUGCACGGUUCGUUCAGAAACCACCAGGGCACAGGCAGGCGCUGGCACAGAAACAAACAACUCCACGGCCUGAGAAGCUCUCGGAGAACAUAACUGAUGUGAGGCUUUCUGCACGGCGUGCUGGUCUCGGGGGCAAGGAGGGGAAGAGCUGGGUGGUGGGGACGCUGCUUUGGGAUGUCAGGGGAGAGCCACGGAGGGAACAGGGCGGCCAGAUCGCGGGGCUGCAGCUUGCGUUGGUCACUGGAAAGCAAAUACUUCAGGCAGGUGAGAUCUAACCUUGCGUUACUUUUCACAGAUCAGCUUCUUAAUUACAGGCCAUCUGUAUUUCUUGGCUUUUCCACAUGGCUUGUACACAAAGGCACAGCAUGGCACAGGCUCGCGCAGUGCCGGAGGAGCGGUGUGUGCUGUGCACGGCCCUGCUGAGGGACACGAGGGCUUUUUUCUUCUCUUCCAUCUUUCAUACGACGCCAGGGUGUCCAAACCACGUCCGUUUGCUGACUAAACGUGCAGCUAUUUCCACGUUGCUACAGGCAUGCUGGCACCUAGCAAGCAAGGGGAUGGUAAAGAAAAGCUGACCUGAAUCCUCUCCCUGGAGACAGCAGAACCUCACGCUCGUCCUUGCAAAUCAAGAGGCAAUUAUCUGGAGUUGUUUCCUGGCUUUGACAUAACUUUUCUAUGAACGUUGGAGAAAACAGCAACUUCCCUGUGCUUUGAAGAGCACUUUCUGUAAAAUGGGUGUAAUGUUUGUGAGCACAAUACUCACCUCGAAGGGUGUUACAGGAGUUAGUGCUCAUAAAGUGUGUUCUAAGGUUCAGUAAGACAAAUUGUCGUAGGAGUGCGGGUUAAUUCUGCUGCUGUCAUCUACAAAUUAACCAACGUGGUUUUAACAGGGGUGAGCUGUUGAUCAAAAAUUUGUCUUCCUAGUAUGAGGAUGGAAAUUGAAUGAGGUGAGGCUCUCCCUGCUGAAACCGGAAGCAAAACGUCCGUGCUGUGAGUGGUGGGAUUAUGGGGGGGGGCUGUGUGCGAUCGGCUAGGCUGAGGCAACCAAAUCCAUUUAGGGGGCCAGCCAAGCCAGGCAGGAGUACUAGCUUGUCGUUAUUGCUGUUUCGAGAUGGAUUCAAAAGGAGAGCACAGGUGUGAAAGACAUUGUGUUGCACCGUCUCCACGAUCAUCUAGUCCCUGUACCUCUUACCCUCAAACUAAGUGAAGUCUGUAAUACUAUUAGCUGAUAAAGAACAGCGCAGUGAUAUUUCAAGAGAGAGAGAAAGAUAAAUCAUCUGUGCACGCACCUGCUAUCUUGAAAAUGUUUUUGCUGUACUGAAACAAUCAAAUACCAAGGUGUGAAAUACUGCUGAAGUAAAGAUAAAGCUGAAGUUCUCCUAGACUUGGAGGAUCCUAAAGCUCAGAGUGGAUAAAUUUUUGGGAAGCAUCACUUUUCAGCUCUGCUGGUUGCUUGGACAGGUUGUUGGAGCCAGGGAAGAAGAACUUGCUCACGGCCACUUGCCUGGUUUGCAUGAAGAGUGCUAAAUCUGAACUGUUCCCGGGGCCAGCGUGCCGCGGUGUCAGCACCUCCAUGGGAACGCAGUUUCUCGAUGACAGCAAAGAUCGGCGUUUCCCCAUUGCAGGCUGAGAUCCCUCCCAAAGGUGUCCUUGGGAUGGUUCAGAGGAGGCUGUGAAGCAUUUUGUACCAGUGAGGGAGCAGUCAGCUGCCUUUAAUUGCUGCUUGCUCUCGGGCCUGCCAGUGCAGAGAUCUGUGUAUUUAUAUCCCCAGCCCAUAGCUGUAACGCAUCCGUGUUCCCUUGGCCGAAACGGUGCUGUUAGCAGUCGAGGUCCAGAAGAUGGCAUAGGAACAGCGUCACCUUCCAGGGAGCUGGGGUCCUUUCUCACCUCCGUGCAUGCUGCUUGAACAGACCUGAAGCCUUUGUUAUUGGACUGAAGAAGCCUGCGCACUGCUUGCCUUGAAAACCUUUCUCUCCUAAUUCAUGAGCCAGCAGGAUGUGGUCGCUGUGCUUUCAGAACGGCUUCUCAUAGCUGCGUACAAAGGCCAAGUGGAUAAUGUGGUGCAGCUUAUCAACAAGGGUGCCAAGGUAGCAGUUACCAAGCAUGGCCGGACCCCCCUGCAUCUUGCUGCCCACAAGGGUCACCUCCAUGUCGUCCAGAUUUUGUUGAAAGCAGGUUGUGACCUGGAUAUUCAGGAUGAUGGCGAUCAGACAGCAUUGCACCGGGCUGCUGUCGUAGGGAACACCGAUGUCAUUGCAACUCUCAUUCAAGAAGGUUGUGCUUUGGACAGACAGGACAAGGACGGGAAUACCGCUCUUCAUGAAGCUUGUUGGCAUGGAUUCAGUCAGUCUGCCAAAGUGCUCGUUAAGGCAGGAGCUAACGUGCUUGCCAAGAACAAGGCAGGUAACACACCUCUGCACCUGGCUUGCCAGAACAGCCAUUCCCAGAGCACUCGUGUUUUGUUACUUGGAGGAUCUCGAGCAGACCUCAAAAACAAUGCAGGAGAUACCUGUCUGCAUGUGGCUGCUCGUUAUAAUCACUUGCCCAUCGUUAGGGUGCUGCUCAGUGCUUUCUGUUCUGUCCAUGAAAAGAACCAGGCGGGAGACACGGCGCUCCACGUGGCUGCUGCUCUAAAUCAUAGGAAGGUGGUGAAGCUGUUGCUGGAGGCAGGGGCUGAUACGUCAGUUGUCAACAAUGCAGGUCAGACCCCUCUAGAGGUUGCCAGACAGCACAAUAACCCUGAGGUUGCGCUUCUGCUCACUAAAGCAUCCCAGGUCUCACGCUUCAAUCGCGGAAGAAGCCUGAGGAAGAAGAGGGAGAGGCUGAAGGAGGAGAGGCGAGCUCAGUCGGUGCCACGGGAUGAGGUGGUACAGAGCAAGCAGGGCAGCGUCUCGGCUGCUGACGACACCCAGAGCAGCGACCAGCCACCACAGAGGAAAAUAGAUCUGAAGGAUGAGCCCCGGUCAGCCUCUCCGGAUCCCAAAGGGAAGAAGAGCAAAAAGAAAAAGCCAAAGGAGAAGGUUUCAGCACUCUCCGACCCCAUUUCCCCAGCCGAUCAGCAGACACUCCCUCGGCCCCAGCAAAACCUGCCAAAACGCAGAAGUAAACAUCACUGCUCCUCUCCGCCGCCUCCCCACGAGGUCCGAGCCUACCAGCUGUACACCCUCUACCGAGGGAAGGAUGGGAAGGUGAUGCAGGCGCCAAUAAAUGGAUGUCGUUGUGAGCCCCUGAUAAACAAACUGGAGAAUCAGCUGGAGGCAACCGUGGAGGAGAUAAAAGCUGAGUUUGGGACAGUACAAGAUAAGAUGAAUGUUAAGCUGGGCCAGAUGGAAAGCAAAACUCAGCAUCAACUCCGCGUUUUAGACAAGCUGAUGGCAGAGCGGCUGUCCGCAGAGAGAACAGAGUGCCUUCAUCGCCUGCAGCAGCACACUGAGCUGGAAAAAAACGAGGGAGAGAAACGGCAGAUGUCCUUGGUCGAUGAGCUGAAGACCUGGUGCAUGCUGAAGAUUCAGAAUCUGGAGCUGAAGCUUUCUGGAGAUUCCAGGUCAUCGAGGCCAAAAUCAACGCUGUCCACCUGUGAGUCCCUGACCGAGACCCUGGACACGGAGAACAACCCCCACAGCGCCAAGGACUGCAAAGCCCCCCAGCCCCUGCUGCAGUCGGAGGGCUCCCACCAGCACUCCUGUGCCACCCUGCCCAACAGCCUCUCGGAAGAUGGGGGAAGGAGCAGAGGCCCGGGGCCCGAACAGAGCUUCGGACAACAGUUCUGCAUGCAGCAGGAUGGUGCCUCAGGGACAACCCUGUCAGGUGCGGAGCAGCAGUUGAUCCCUGCUGGACCAGCUGCUUCUUCAGCCCCUGCUCCAGACGUCCGGCCAAAGGACAAAGCCGGCGGUGCCAGCACGUUCCAGAGGUUCCAGCAGGAGCUGCCCUCCGCCGAGCUCGCGGGCUCCAAAUUGCGACACGUAAAGGUUCAGGCUGCUUUGCAGCCCUUGGCCGAGCCUGCAAAGACCGACCCGCAGAGCGGCUGCUUCGUCGACAGAGGAACUCAGACAAAGAAAUCCAGCAAGGGCGGGCAGCCGAGGCACAAGGCGCCGCACCAGGCGGGGGCUCAUCAGAGCCAGGAGCCGCCCGCUCCACCGGCGGGGCAGCCGCCCGCCCCUCCGCUCAGAGACACCUCGCAGGCCCUGGAGAUAACCCAGUACUUCUUUGAGGCCGUUUCCACUCAGAUGGAGAAGUGGUACGAACGGAAGAUUGAAGAAGCCCGGUGCCAAGCUAACCAGAAAGCUCAGCAAGACAAAGCUGCGCUCAAGGAGCACAUCAGGAGCUUAGAGGAGGAGCUCAGUAAGUUAAGGACUAAGGUGCAGAAAGAAAGCUAGCGUUUGCCCGGCGGGGCGAGGCGAGCAGCAGGACUCACUCUGGAACCUGCUGUGCAGGAAUCUGGGAUAGGCGUAGAUACGUACUUGUAGUGCCUGGCACGUCCAAACAAAAUGCUCUUUUUUCAGGAGUAGAAAUAACUUUGGAAACUCCAGAACCAAGGAGCUUCACAUGCAGACUGUACCGACGACAACAAGAUGCUGCAGAUUAGAUCCUUUCCUCGUUAUUUCCCAGAGCCCGUUACAUUUUGCACUCUCAAGUUUCAGGUGCUGCUUGAAAACACAUUGCAUUAAAAACCAAAUCCGCUUUCAGAAAAGGGAAUUUUCGUAUUUCCACCUAAGUCAGGUGUGGCGAGAGGGUUCUGCCGUACGCCUCAUGUGAAGGUGACACCAAUACUGAAAUAAAUCCCGGACGUGUGAGAGCUUUGGGCUGGGUCAGCAGUGAUGCGGCGGCUGCUUGGUGCUGAAGGGCUGCUGAGCCUGCUGCAGCUACUUCCCGCGGCCUCUCUCUGGUCAGCGGAGCAAAGCUCAAGCAGGGAGAGGUGCGGGUUUCCUGGUGGGAGAGGCCAAGCACCCACUGAGGUGAGCUGCCCCGUUAGGUACGGAGGCUUCUGUUGCCACGUUGUUUUUCAUUUGGUAUGCAUUAUUAAAAUAAAUGCUCAAUUAGGCUCU